AUGGAAUUGGACUCACGACUUACUUGUAUGUACGAGACUCUGGAAAAGAAUAUGCUUUUGAAGUUGAAUCUAAGUCCUGCAUUUCAAUCACGCUUUCCGAUGUCUCUACGCUUAACGUCGCCAUCGGGAGAAUUUUCUGAAUGGGCAGAAGGUGAGGGGGAAGCAUACAUGAAGCACAAUACCACAGAAGAUGGAGACUACGAAAUUUGCUUGAAUGCUCCUCGUCCAGUAAAAGUCAACCUCAACAUCUUCUUUCAUAAUCCAGAAAGAAUGGAAAAGUCACUGGAUCGCUAUCUCAAGGUACAUGAAAUGAAGGACAAUGUUAAGUACGGCAUCGCACGAUGCAACAUGCUGUCGACUUCUAUCGUGACCAUUCUGCUUCUUCUAUCUGGAGCUGCUUCCGAAGAAAAUGAGGUCGAAAUGUACGUGGAUAGAUCGAUAACUAUGGACUUCGAUUCGAAAAUGACAUGUUUCUACGAGGCUUUAAAAGCAAAUGUAACGCUAUACCUGAAUUUGAUGCCACAAAAUGUACUCGACCAUAAUAUUUCACUGCGUUUGACAUCGCCAUCAGGGGAUCUACUAGAGUGGUCGCAUGGCAUGGAAGAAGUGAACAUGGAGUAUAAUUUGACAGAAAAUGGAGACUAUGAGAUAUGCGUAGUGCUCAAAAAGCCGCUGCGGGCGACGCUAAGCAUCUAUGCCGAAGUUCCUGUGAAUUGGUUGGUGUCGCUGACAAAAAUCGGUCAACUUGCACAAGUUGCAACUGAAGUUUUGGAGACAGCUACAAAGUUACUUUCAACUCUAUUUAAAGUUGCGAUAUCUCUCAAACAUUCGAAUACGAUUACAUCUCGUGAUGAAGCAAUGCAAAACUCCAAUUCCUUCUACAUCAAAAUGUAUGUAUGCGUAUUCUGCAUAACUGCUAUCAUCGUCGCCAUUGUGCAAGUCAACAUUGUGCAGAGAAUGUUUUAUGUGGAUUACCAGAGACUUCGUGUCUGAUUGUUAACCAGGAACGACUAUGAAAAGACAAGUUCCCUCUACUUCACAUAAAUCUUUUGUAAAACUAGCUUACAAAUUCAUUGACUUCCACCACUAUGUGAUAAACAAGUGCGU